AUGGCAGCCAACGAAAGUAACCAACGCUUCAAGCUUGAAAACCUGUUCAAUGUGAAAGACAAAGUGGCCCUGAUCACAGGCGGCGGCUCCGGAAUCGGCCUAAUGGCAGCGCAAGCUCUCGCCGUGAACGGUGCCAAAGUAUACAUAACGGGCCGCACAGAAGAGAAACUCGACCGGGUCGCCUCUCUCUACGGCAAUAACACAAGCGGCAAAAUCAUCCCUCUCCCAGCGGACGUCACCAACAAAGACGAGAUUCGCCGACUCGUCUCGGAGAUCACCACACGCGAAGGACACCUCUCAAUCCUAAUGAACAAUGCCGGAAUAUCUAGCAAAACGCAAGAAACCGAGCCGGAAGACGCAUCAAAGCUCCAGACAUCCCUCUUCGACGACCCGGGUGCCACCUUCGAGGAAUGGGACUCGGUGUUCCGCACCAACGUCUCGCAGAUCUUCUUCAUGACAACCGCGUUCCUGCCGUUGCUGCAGCGUGGAUCGGAGGUUGAGCAUGGUUGGUCUAGCACUGUGAUCAAUACAUCUUCCAUCUCCGGUAUUGUGAAGGUCUCGCAGCAUCAUUUCGCGUACAAUGCUUCCAAGGCGGCGACGAUCCAUUUGACUAAGAUGCUUGCGCAUGAGAUUAGCUCGUCCGACCUGCGGGUUCGUGUUAAUAACAUUGCUCCUGGGGUCUUCCCUAGUGAGAUGACUGCUGGAGAGAGUGAUAAUGGGCAGAAGAGUUUCAUUCCGGCUGAAAAGUAUCGGGAGAAGGUUCCUGCUUCUCGGCCUGGCAAGGAUGAGGAUAUGGGCAAUGCUGUGCUGUUUGCUGCUACUAAUCAGUACUUGAACGGACAAACUGUUGUUGUUGAUGGGGGUUAUGUUCUUGCUGCUGGGUCUUUGUGA